AUGUAUCUGCAAAUGACUGUGGAUGGGAAGGUGUCAGGAAGUGAUGCUCAGACUUGUAACAGUGUGCUGCAGCUGAAAUCUGUCAAUCCAGGCCAUACUGUCAUCCAGGGAAAGUCAUCAUCUCUGUUUCUCUGUGUGGACAGUGGAGGCAAUUUAAGGGGGCAGGGGCAAUACUCAGAGGCCGACUGCACAUUCAGAGAACUGCUGCUGGCAGAUGGAUACACCCGUUUCCUUUCCUCGCACCAUGGAUUUCCUGUGUCUCUGGCAUCAAGACAUUCCCCAGAUCGACACACAGUCCCCUUCACUCGAUUCCUACCACUUAGGAAUACUUUGGCAGGGGACAGUGUGGCUGAACAGCCACCAAACAAUCAGAGAUAUUUCAACUUGGACUCGGAUGAUCUUUUAGGAAUGGGUCUAAAUACUAUGGUCAGUCCUCAGUUCUCAGUGGACAAGUAA